GUAUGGCGGCUGCCCGGCGGAGGCUGGCUGCAGCGGGAGCGGCGGCAGGUCGGGCCGGACUGGAUCGGGCCCGGAGCCCGGUGAAGGUUGGCUGGCCGCCCGGGACAGUCCCGGGGUCGGGAAGGGCCGGCCCGCCAUCGCCGGGCUGUGCUGUGGGUGAGAAGCAGCGGCCGUAUGGAAGAGUUCAUGGUUUCUGGUUUGCGUAAUAGCAGAGGCUGAAUAGGCAUAAAGGAAACUAUAGUGCAGGUGAGAAGUGUCAAGGCCCUUGUAAGGCCCUGCUCUGUGGAAAAAGAAGAAAUGAAUCCUACAAACGAUGAUCCAGUGUUUGGGACCAUUUUUGACUGGGACUAUCUGUUAUGGGAAGUUCGUUUGACAUUUUUAGCUGCUGGGUUUUUAAUCUACUUGGGAGUAUUUCUUCUGUCUCACUGGUUAUCUUCAUGGAUAAGCACCACUUAUCGUGCCUUGUAUGCAAAGGAGAAGGUGUUUUGGAACAUGGCUGUCACACGUGGUGUGUUUGGACUUCAGAGUUGUGUUGCUGGAUUGUGGGCUUUGCUCAUAGAUCCUGUUUUUCAUGCUGACAAAGUCUAUUCACAGCAAAAGUGGAGUUGGUUCAACUGUUUAAUAGCUGCUGGAUUUUUCUUGCUUGAAAAUGUAGCUGUUCACAUGUCCAACAUUGUCUUUAGAACAUUUGAUGUGUUCUUGGUAGUUCAUCACCUGCUUGCGUUUGGUGGCUUGGCUGGUCUCGUAAUUAAUGUGAAAUCUGGACAUUAUCUGCCUUUAAUGGGAAUGUUGCUGGAGAUGAGUACUCCCUCAACGUGCAUUUCCUGGAUGCUUCUAAAGGCUGGCUGUGCCAACACGUUUUUCUGGAAGGCAAACCAGUGGGUGAUGAUCCACCUGUUUCACUGCCGCAUGGUUCUUACUUACCACAUGUGGUGGGUGUGUAUUUUCAAUUGGAGUUCUGUGAUAGAAAAUCUGGGACUUCUUCAUUUUGUUGUCAUGGUGUCGGGAUUAUUUGCCGUUACACUAAUACUUAACCCAUACUGGACCUACAAAAAAACUCAGCAACUCCUCAGCCCAACUGACUGGAACUUUGAAAAUAAAGCCGUGGAAAAUGGAAAAGUAAAUGGUGAAAUGCAUCGAAAGAAGAGGAUAUAACACUGAAAAAAAAUGCUUCCUAACAGGGUGACAGAGGACUGCAAAAUGUAUUAAUUCUUUGCCUGUUAUCUAGAAGCUUUUGCAAGAAGAUCAUUCAUACUGCAUUUCCAUGCUGGUAGUAUUCUGUAUGCACCAAAAGUAUUUAAAAGCAUUGUUUGUGUUUGAUAUGUGCAUACACAUAAGGUCUUCAACCUCUUAGUUAUGAAUUACACCAACAGUUUUGUUAGGUUGGACAGUAUUUCAUGAUUUAGUAAUGACAGUGCUCUCUAAUGGCAUCCUUUGUCCUAAUGCUUCAAAGUGGCUUUAUGGUUAAUUUGGCUCUUAAGCUCAGCUUGAAUCAAGUUUAGCUUGAAUACUAUUUCAUGUCUGUCAGAGAUACCAAGACUGGAAAUUAUGUUGUUUAUUAAGAUCAAUUAUGACCCAAGUUAGGUAUGCAUGGGUACCUAGGUCCUGUGUGCCAUUAAAUCAUUCCAGGUGACUGAAUUGCUCAGUGGUAGAAUACAGUCAUGGCUGAGGUUUGGGGGUUUGGUUUUUUUGGGGCUUUUUUUUUGAUUGGGGCUUGUUUUGAGCUGUUUGGGUUUUUUUCCCUUUAAGUGCACUUGAGAAAGAGGAAGAUAAUUGUUUGAGUGUUCACUAUCCAAGUGAGCAGUAGUUUCCAGGUUGCUCUCACUAUGGGAGGAGUCAGUGUCCACCACAAGCAUGCAUGCAGGGGAUGCAAGCAUUCAUUAUACUGGUGGUCUAGCUAGGGAAUCCUGGUGGUCCUUUCUGGGCUUGAAAUCAGAGAAACGCUAAGAGGCAAUGACAGAGUCUUUCACUCUGUCUUGUCCUUGAAAAGAUUGAUGGUUGACUCAUAAAAUUAUGUUCUUUGUAUGUCCCACAUGAGUGGCCAUACAGUUAGUUCCAUUACUGCUCCUGUUAGAGUUCCUCAUAUUUUUGGAAAUUCUCUUAGUUAUAGUGUGGUUUAGAAUCUGAGGCGAGUCCUGUGGAGGAAAGCCUGUGUCACCUCCUUUUAGGAGUUCAGUUGUUCUUGUAGUAUUUUUAUUUUACUUUGAGGAACACAUAAAGUGACACUAACAAUCCUUUGCACUUUAUCUGCCACAUCACUAAAUGUUUCCUUGACCUAAGGUUGCUUUAGUCUAUCGGGUCAUGGCAGCUGGUGGUAGGUGUUUUCCCACUGACAGCAGCUGCCGAGAGUUCGCGGUGAGUUGGGGCGGGGGGGGGCCGGAAAACCCAAGGAUCACGAUAGAAGAGAGUGACCCCUACCGGCAGGAGAAUGAUAGUCACUCGUUUCGGCGCACUGAACUGACGUAAAAAGCCCACCAUUCGAAAAUGUGUGGUACGGUGUGAUGUGCCAGCUACACGGAUUUACUUUGCAAAGUAAUGAGACUGGGCAAGUCCAUGCUGUGACGAAGAUUUUUAGGUCAAGGCACGUGUUAGAGUCCUUCUGUGGUGCUGUGUGUUGUUUAAAAUGUGUAAGGGAGGCACUCCUUGGUGUAAUUUUAUUAAUUUUUGGUGGAAAUGCUUUUGAUUUUGUUCUGAGUGAAGCUAGUGGUCAGGUUGCUCUGUUCCCUGAUCAACUCUGUGCUCACACAAAGUGAAAGAGCUGCUCCGUGAGGGAGAGGAAACUUCUUACUGAUAAGUCACAAACUUAUGACCAUGAUAAUGAUAAAGUGGUGAAUAUCUGAAAUUAUCUCUCAAAGCUAUGCCAGGAGGAUCAUACUAGUUUUGCACAGCAACUUUAUAUGUUAAUCUGCUAAUACUCAAUAGAGAAAAAUCUAAAUUUUAUGCUACCUCCCUAUUUGUAAGGAGGCACAAGUGAAGUUACUGUGUUUGGCAGUGAUGCCUGUCUGGACCCCAUCCUAAAAAAGUACUUCAAAAUACUUUAAAAGAAAGUAGAGGGGUGAAUUCCUUAGAAACAGAACCCAGAUCCGUGGUCCAAAUGCAUAUCUUGCAGAAUCCAAACCUCACUUGUAGGUGGUCCAGGGCAAGGGCAAAAGAUAAGUCACCAGAUACCAAAAUGAUGGUGUGCUCUAUGCAGCUUAAAAUGUGCAGAUUCAAUAAAACAAGGUAAUUAUUAUAAAAUUCUUAGCUACAGAAUUCUGAAGAAUCUUAACAGAAGAUGGAAGCAUCAAAAGAUAAGUUUGGGCCAAGUGUUUAAUUCUUAUAGUGUCUGGCUAAAGGAGGUGAAGUUUCUGUGUGCUGAAAUAAAGGAAUGUGAAGGACUGGGGUUUGUUGCAAAUUGGGAACUGCAACAAGAAAUUAGGUGUAGUCCAGGCAGACAGUUCUGUGAGUAACACCAGACUUCUGGUGUUUAAUCUUUUGUACUAUUAAUUUGUGUAAUGUUAUUAAGUAGAUUUUAAAAACUUUUAAUGAAAGUGUUUUAUGUUGUAUGAAGGGAACCUGUUUUGUAUGCAUCAUAGUGUGAGGUUUUUCACACAAAGACUGUUAUGGCAUCUUAAAUCUUUUGCAUGUCUUUACAUAAUUACUAAUACCUAAGAGCACCUGUUAACCUAAACACUGCUAGACCUACUAGAACCAGAUAGCUAUGCAAUAAAGCAAAUAUUCAUUUCUCUUGGUUUGAGGGUCAGUGGGAUUUUACAGUCCAGCUAGAAGUACAAAGCAAUAUAAAAAUACCAACAACUUUAUUCAUCUUGAUGGCCUAGGAUUGGAGUUACCAGUUCUGUUACACAGAGUCCCCUUUUUUUAUACUCUGGUGUUUUCAUCACUGACUUUUGGUUGUUCCCUUCAAGGUGAUUUUCUGGUUUAUGAUGGUGACUGACUGUCUCAUUGCACUGAAAGAAGACUGAAAAGUUCUCUGAGGGGUUUUAUGUGUAAUUAUUCUUACAACUGAGUGCUGCUUUUCAACCCAAAGGUGGACUAGAUGUAAUUUGAUCAUAAAUGUUGUUAAUGUGAAAUUAAUCCCACUCCUGUUGGGCCUCUCUUAUAAUGCUUCGCUCGCAAUCUGAUGUAGAAAAAUUCAGCAGCUUCAGCAGUGGCUGGAUCAGGUCUCAGCGUGUGCUACUGCUGUGAUUUGGAAAACUCUUGCAUAAUAUGUUUUGGGGUGAAUUUUUUUGUUUGCCUGAGUGACUAUCAGAGACUUCAUCCUGCUUUCUUGUUGGACAAGUUUAUUCUGGAAGUGCUGCUUUUGUCACCUUUCUGGCUGAAGCUCUUUUUAAAAAAAAAAAAAACAAAACAAAACCAAACCCAAAACAAACUGUGGUGGGGUUGGAGUUACGGAUUGGUUUUGGUGUAUGAUGAUUUUGUUGUUUCUUUUUUUUUAAUGUUGUUUUAUAAAGAAGAAUGUAUGAUCUAAAACACCCUGGCUAGGAAUCUGGUUCUUAACUGCCUUCAUACAGCAUUCCUAAAUCACAGUUUGUGUUUGCCUCCAUUUAUGUCCUGUCUUAUGUUUGGUUUUUUUCUGAAACCUGUCAUAGUUUCCCCUCCCACCUACCAUGUUUUUCUUGAACAUUUACUUGCAGUACUGGUCUUGCAGUCAUGUUACCACAGUGCUGUCUUUGUCAAAUAGUUUUCAGCACAUACUCUUGGGCUCUUCUUCCACUAAAUACCCAUGUACAAAUCUUUUAGGGUUUUUUGGCUUUUUCCCGAUAACACUGAUUAAAUACUUCUGUCAGUUAUAAGAAACCCUUUUUAACCUCAGGGAGACUCCCACUCCAAGUGAGUUUAGAAGUGUUAGGCAAAUGCAAGUCUGCUCCUGUAUGAUGUAGCAUUUGUUAAAUGGUACAGCAUCUCUACCGUGUGUACGUAAAUAAAUGUAUUUUAUUGAAUAGUU